AUGCUCUACGGAGGGAGCCGCGCACGCGGCAGCAUUGCUCUGCCACUACUCACUCGCCCCACCCCUGAAUUCCAAUUCGCCUCGCCGGAGUUGUUGCAGCGGCUGGGCAGAUCUGGCGCGGCCGUGAGCUGCCCACUGAACGGCAGAUCUGGUCCGGGCAAUAGAGGAUGGGGUCGGACGGCGGUACGUGGCGCGGAGGCUGGUGAGGAUCUGGUGGUUCUGGCGGCGGAGCUAGGGGGUUUUGCUGCGGAAACCCUAGAUCUGAAGCGGUGUUCUCGGAUUCGACGGCGACGUGGUGCUGCGUGGUGCACGGAGGCUGUUGCAUCCAAGAGCGAAUACUAUACUGAAGAUGAUUUUCUGGACGGCCUUUCUUGUUGUCAUGGGCUUGGUGAGUUGCUGUUUAGAAGCUCUGGAACCAGAGUGCUGGAGCCUCACUCGUUCCUUUGGGGUGCAUCCUGUGGAACCAGAGUGCUGGAGCUCGUGAAGAAACAUAAUUCUCCCGGCCUUCUAUGGAAGAGAAUAAAGCUCACUUCCACCCGUAAAGCCAAUGCUAAGAAACGCCUUCGUCGCGUUUGGCAGAAUGAAGCUGUUUUGCGGGCAUAUGCUGAGACACCUCCCCAGGAAGUAUCACGGGCUGAAGGUAGUGGAAAUAUUGCCAAGGAUAACCAAAGCCCCCAAGGUUAGACGAAAUGAGUAAGGGCUCUAAGCAAGCAUGACAAGGGGACUAGAAAAAGUAAUGCGGCAAUAUAUAAUGUUCGUUUUGCCAUCUUUGUGCCUCAACUUCAUAACUAAUGUUUUGUUGAUGGAGCAUCCCGGCGCCGCUGGCGAGAAGCAGAAGACACAACCGAUUAAGUUAGCAAUCUGGCACUGUUUGGUGACGCAGAGGAUGGGGCGGUAGGAGUCGGCGGCGGAGAAGUAGUCGAGGGAGUUGAACCAUAGGAAAUUGCCGCCGAGAUCGAUCUCCACGUUCAGUGUGGUGGCGUUGGAGCCUAUUUGGAUAGUCGUGUAGUAUUGGUUGGUUGUGCCAUCUUUUCUGAUUGGGAAAAUGAAGGCUUUAGGGGAUGUUAGAGCAUUUGAAAACAAGGAUGAAAGGAGCAACGAGGAAAUUAUCAAGAUCGGAACACUAGGGGAAGCCAUUAUGGUUGUAUUGUGAGUGAAGCUCUUGGAAUGGAUGCAUGUUUAUGUAUUCAGUUUUGGAAUAGGAUGCCAGCUAAUCAGCAUUAUAUUUCAAAUCAUAUUUUCAGGUUGGUCCCCAGCUGAAUCCAUUGUUUAUUUCUCCACUUACGUAUAUUUAAGUAAUACAAUGAAUAGUGAUAGUUAAUCUUUUGCCU